AUGGCGGCCUUGGGGUCCCCGGCUUGCACGUUGCGGGGCCUCCUGAGGGAGCUGCGCUACCUAAGCGCAGCUACCGGCCGACCGUAUCGCGACACCGCGGCCUAUCGGUACCUCACGAAGGCCUUCCGUGCACACCGGGUCACCAGUGAGAAGUUAUGUAGAGCCCAGCACGAGCUUCAUUUCCAAGCUGCCACCUAUCUGUGCCUGCUGCGUAGUGUCCGGCAACAUGUGGCUCUGCAUCAGGAAUUUCACGGCAAGGGGGAGCGCUCAGUGGAGCAGAUUGCUGGCUUGGUUGGUCUCCAGUUGCCCCGUCAGCCUGGAGGGAAGGGCUGGGAGCCCUGA